AUGGCCGACCCAUAUGCUUCAAGCCCUUUCACUUACUCUGACGAUCACUUUGAGAGUCUCCAACCACCAAAGAGAAGUCACGGCAUAAACAUAUUCGGGAACAGUAGUGGCUAUUACUCUCCUCUCAUGAUGUCGUCGUCAGAAACAGCAGGAGAAGGAGGACAGCAACAACACCAUAAUCAACACGAAAUGUCCAACUUCGGAACUGCUCCAACUUCCGUUUCCGGGCUGGGGAUCUCAAUGGGAUCGGCACCGUCUCAGUCUCAGUCCCAGUCUCCGGAUCCGAAUCAACAUCACAGACUGAGCUCGCCUGAGACACCGCAUUCCUUUCACAACUUGAUGAGCGGCGACACGCCCCGUCAUACGCCUUCUCAAGGCUCUUUUAGUCCGCGCAUCGCCGACUCUCAAGGAACUCCAGAGCCAUACUCUGAGAUUUGGGCCCCGUCGAUGCCUCGUUCUAGAGGGAACUCGCAGACUGAUCCUAGUGCUACUGAAACGGCCAAGCAAAUACCCACAGCCCAAGAAAGAGAGAUCAUGCCUUCAUCUUCAUCUGCACAGAAGCUUCCAAAGAUUGUUGAACCUAGACACGACGAGAUGGAUGAUGAGUUUGACGAUGAGAUCUUUUAUAAGAAAUUUGGUAAGUUUCGUUGCCCUGUAUCAAGCUGGCUUUCCAUCACUAUUUAUGUUCUCUCCGUUUACUCAACCGUCGGAAGUGGUAUCUGGCUAGUAACCGCCAUCCUCCAACCUCGAUGGGGUCACCAGAUCGCAUCAAGCGCUUCACUCUCACCCUCAACUGCCACGACUCUCGCCGCCAUGUUAGCAAAGACGAUCGAAAUGUCCUUUGUCACAGUUUUUGUUUCGUGUCUUGGCCAGGUUCUUACUCGACGGGCCUUUAUCCGAAAGGCGCAAGGCAUGUCUCUUGCUGAGAUGACGAUGCGAAACUGGGUCAUCCAGCCCGGAUCUCUAAUUACUCACUUUGAGACUCUUCCUUCAUCAUCACUGACUCUUCUCGGCAUGUUGUCUCUUACCGCUACCAUCGCUGCUGCGUUCUACACCACCGCUUCAGACGCAAUGGUCUCACCGAAGCUCAAGUCUGGAAGCUGGCAGCACAAGGAACUCGAGGGUUACGUCAAGGCCUCUUAUGCCAACGCCGGGUACGUCCGUGAAGACUGUCCAUAUCUUUUCAACAUCACCGAGGACAUCCACGCUGCCGAGUCAUGCAUGAACGUGCAGUUCUCUGGACAGUCGUACCGAAACCUACUCAACUACAUGACAGUCUGGACGAACAUCAACCAAAACGGAACCGAGAUCUCUGCAGACCCGAAAAAGAGACCUGGCGGAACUACACUGCUGUUCGACAACACCACCAUGUUCUCUGAGUGGAUCGAGACGGAGCAUAGCGAUGUUGCCGCACAGUUUGAGGAGACGGGACGGAUUAUUAAUAAUGUCACCUUGGCCCUUCCUCAUCCUGGAGUCUACGGCGCUGCCACCCUCAAGAAGAACGGUAUCCUCCAGCCCGAUGAUCUCGCCGGCGUGGGAGAGUACACGAUCCGAGCUGGUGUCGUCGCGCCUUCUGUUAAUGUUUUGUGCGUUGAUAUGGACAAGACUGAGCUUGCUCCUCUUGUCUAUACAACAUGGCCCCAUGCCAAGAACAACAACACCGUUAUUCCUGGCCAGAAGACGGGAUGGACUGGCUGGACGGGUGAAAUUCCUCAGCCGCUAGACAGCAAGAAUAAGCCUUACUACCUCAACCGAACCGACGUCGAUGAUAUCUUCAAAUGGGGACCCAAGUACGAGCGUCGUCCUCCUGUCUUUCAAAUGUACCCCUUUGACUACAACCUUCUCGCCAACGCGACCGUCUAUGAGGCUGAUGCUAUCUACACCCUAGGCAAGAGCGCUGAAAGCAAGAACUAUACUCUCUGCCAACUUCGAUCCUGGGUUUCUCCCAACUGUUCGACCGAGUUUAGUAUUUCGGGUACUGCAGGUGCUCGUAUGAAUGCCCACUGUGAGGAUGACGCAGAUGAGAACGCAUAUCGUCGAUCGUUCCCUGCUGACCAAGGCUGGUCUCUUCCCUCUCUUGACUGGAAGUGGCUCGCCGAUCAAUGGCGAUUGUCCAUGGACCUUAAUGGUGGUUCUGUUAACAACAACGCCUCCAACGCUCGCAUCCUCACCCAACUCGCUCUUAACAAACCAAAGAUGCCUGCCUCCCACCCUUCCAUGGCCGAGGCCCUCGCCGUCUACUCCAGCUCGCUCAUCAUGAUUAGCGCUAUCGACACGCCCUUCCGCCACUACUGGGACCAGGAUCCCGAUGAGUUUCCUGGCAACCUCAUCAAGGAAGGGCCAGGCUUCCUUCAAGCUUUCAACGCGUCGAUGAUCACGCAGGAGUAUACGUCUGGCCACACACAGGGCUGGCAGAACAUCUUCUACGUGGUCCUGGUUCUCGUCUUUGCCAUCAACCUCUUCUGUCUCGGCUACUUCAUCAUGCGUUCCGGUCUGGUCACCGACUUUACAGAACCGCAGAACUUGUUCUCGCUGGCGAUUAACAGUCCGCCCAGCAACAACUUCCACGGCAGCUGCGGAGGCGGCCCUGAGAAGAAGCAGCUCGUUGUGCCUUGGAAGGUUGCAUUUGCGCCGAGUGCAAAUCACUACUUCUUCCAGGAUGAGUCAAGUGGGAAGGAGGUUGCAGCUGAGGCGACGACUACAGCGAGGGAGUAUCAGAAGCCAUUACAGAGUAGUUACAAGAGGCUCAGUAUGAGUAGGACUUGGCUGUAA